GCCCCGAGACCCGGACAUGGCGGCUGCCUGGUGCCUGCGCUGGGGCCUGAGCCGAGCCGGAGCCCGGCUGCUCUCGCCUUCCGCGCGCUGCCCUCGCCGGGCUCUGCACAAGCAGGUGGACGGCACCGCCUUCCAGAGCAUCUACAGCCUAGACAAGCUCUACCCCGAGUCCAAGGGCCCGGACACCGCCUGGAGGGUCCCGGAUGAUGCAAAGCAAGCCAACAAUGACAUCCCUCUAGAUCGCUUGACGAUAUCUUAUUGUCGGAGUAGUGGUCCUGGGGGGCAGAAUGUUAACAAAGUGAAUUCCAAGGCUGAAGUCAGGUUCCAUUUGGCAACCGCCGACUGGAUUGCAGAGCCCGUGAGGCAGAAGAUUGCCAUCACGCAUAAAAACAAGAUCAACAGGUCAGGAGAGUUGAUACUCACCUCUGAAAGCAGCCGCUAUCAGUUCCGGAAUCUGGCAGACUGCCUUCAGAAAAUUCGAGACAUGAUCGCUGAGGCCAGUCAGACAUCCAAGGAGCCAUCCAAAGAAGAUGUUAAACUUCAGCGAAUCAGGAUAGAGAACAUGAAUCGGGAAAGGCUGAGACAAAAGAGAAUAAAUUCUGCCAUAAAGACAAGCAGAAGGGUUGAUAUGGACUGAAAUCACCUUCUACAGCCAGCAAAGACCACCCUUCAGGGUGUCGGGGCAGCUGCAGCUCAGAGACCUUUAACACCAUAAGGAAAUUCUUUCUCUUUUUUUUUGCUGUUAAUGCUUGUCUAUAACAUUGGAGCUGUCACAAGUGUGUUCAUUUGGAAUGAGGGCUGCAGGCACUGGUUGCAAAGGUCUUUAAAGGCAAUCACCAUGUUGUCAAAACUUAAGUGUCCAUCUAAUGUAUUAGCUGAAAUAAAAUUCUAAACUCAG